GGAGGAGAGUCAUUUGGCAUCUAACGUACCAAAGAGGACCCCUCACCCUCAUUCAUUGGUCAUUUGAGACAAAGGUACACAUCCUCUCUCCCUCAAUCAUCUAGCUCGCCCAACCCUAUCAUUUUGAGAGGAUAAACUCUCAAAAUACUCAUCCUCCAUAGCUGAACUCGAGCUCAAGGAAGAAGGUCCAAAGAGGAGUGAUUAAAAGAAGGAAAAAGUUAAGGAAAGUGUGAAGGAUUAAGAUUUCGUCGGAGUUUCGCCGGAGUUUUGCCGGAGUUUCACCGGAGUUCGCCGGAGUUCGCCGGAGUUUUACUGGAGUUUCGCCGGAGUUCAACCGAGGAGCGUAGAACACACUAAAAGAAAUGGAGGGUAAACGCAUGGCAAUGAGAAAUGACCCUAGGGGUCAAGCGUCGGUAGCUUACCUAGAGGCUAGUCGGGCCGUGUCACGAGCCUCUAGGGGGAGAGGAAUAGGUCAUGGGGGGCGUGAGAGCCGCCAAGGCCAGGCGGCAAGUGAUGGUCGUGUGGACUCGGUGUGUAACAUGAACACUAGGAGGAAAGAACGUAGGCGUCAGACUAGGCACGAUCGGGUCACCUACCAACGUGAUAUGACUGCCAGCCAAGCCCAUCCUUGGGAAAAUGAGCAAGGAGGAGAAAGCACUUUUACGGCACCGGCAUCACCAGUGAAAAAGAAAAGGAACUCAAAGUGGCAUGCAUCCUUUCCUUACUCUUUCAGACCACACCGG